AUGGAGACAGCAAGUUCCUCUGGCUCCUGGCUCUCCAGCUGCCUCAUCACCCUCGUCUUCCUGCAGCUGCCCAUACACGUGUCAGGGGACUCCGGCCAGUUCCACCUGGCCCCGCUAGGGGGCACCGCCAAGCUGCUCUGCCCUCUCUCGCUCUGGUCGGUCCCGAAGCUCACCGAGGUGCGGUGGCUGCGGUCCUUGCCCCGGGGGCGCGCCCAGCUGGUUCACUUGUUCCGGGAUGACAAAGUCCGCGAGGAAGAUGUGGUACCGGAAUUUAAGGGGAGGACGGCGCUGGAGAGGGACACGCUGGAGGGAAAUGUCACGCUGGAGAUCCGCCACGUCCGGCUGGAGGACCGAGGGCCGUACCGCUGUCAGGUCCGGAUUGCAAACCUGAGUCGAGAGGGCACCGUGAUCCUGCAGGUGGCCGUUCUAGGCUCCGACCCUUACAUCCACGUGAAGGGCUACGACGCUGGAUGGAUCCAGCUGGUGUGCAGGUCGGUGGGAUGGUUCCCACGGCCUUGGGCCGAGUGGAGAGACCCUCAAGGCAGGGUGCUUCCAUCUGAGCCCCAGGCCCCUUCCCUGGACAACGCUGGCCUCUUCGAAACCGCCGUGUCCAGCAAAGUCAGGGACAGCACUGUGGGCAGCGUGUCCUGCACCAUCCGCAACGAUGCCCUGGGCCAGGAGAAGACCGCGGCCAUGGUCAUAGCAGCCCCCUCUCCAGGGAGGAUCUCCCCCUCAGCAGUGGCUCUGGCUGUGGUCCUGCCUGGCCUGGGGCUUCUCAUCAUGGUGGGCAUUUGCCUCAUCUGGAAGCAAAGACGAUCAAAAGAGAAGCUUCUCUAUGAACAGGUGAUGGAGGUAGAAACUCUUCUCUCAGACCAUGCAAAAGAAAAAGGAAGGCUCCAUAAAGCCCUCAAGAAACUCCGGAGUGAACUGAAGUUGAAAAGAGCUGCAGCCAACUCAGGCUGGAGAAGGGCCCGGCUGCACUUCGUGGCCGUGACCCUGGACCCCGACACCGCGCACCCCAAACUCAUCCUGUCCGAGGACCGCAGGUGUGUGAAGCUGGGAGACAGAAGGCAGCCUGUGCUUGACAACCCCCAGAGGUUUGACUUCGUGGUCAGCGUCCUGGGCGCCGAGUCCUUCGUGGCCGGCUGCCACUACUGGGAGGUGAACGUGGGAGACAAGACCAAGUGGAUCCUGGGGGUGUGCAGCGAGGCCGUGAGCAGGAAGGGCAAGGUCACCGCCUCGCCCGCCAACGGGCACUGGCUGCUGCGGCAGAGCCGAGGGGCCGAGUACGAGGCGCUCACGUCCCCGCAGACCCCCUUCCGCCUGAAGGCGUCCCCGCGCUGCGUGGGCAUCUUCCUGGACUACGAGGCAGGCACCAUCUCCUUCUACAACGUGACCGACAAAUCCCACAUCUUCACGUUCACCCACGCGUUCUCUGGCCCCCUUCGCCCUUUCUUUGAGCCUUGCCUUCACGAUGGAGGGAAAAACACGGCACCUCUAGUCAUUUGCUCGGAACUCCAGAAAUCGGAGGCGUCCGUGGCCCCCAAGCCAGAUGGGAAAGGCCACGCUAACGGAGACGUGGCCCUGAAGGUGGACGCUUCCCUCCGGCCCUGGUCCCCUGAUCUCGGCCCGGCGCUCCAGGGGCUCAAGGUUCCUUCUUUUUAG